UCGAGGUCCUCCACCGCCGCAGAUCCCAAAGCCCUUUGGUUCCGCCCCCUCCGCCCCUCACCGUGCCCUCGGGUCCGUCCUCGGCGGCGCCCCCGGGGCGCCCCCGGCCAUGGGGGAACCCCUGGGCUGCUGCGAGCGCGUGGCCAUCAACGUCGCCGGACGGCGCUUCGAGACCCUGGGGAGGACCCUCCACCGCUUUCCCGACACCCUUUUGGGGGACCCCCGGCGACGGAGGCUCUACUUCGACCCUCGCCGCCGCGAGUACUUCUUCGACCGCCACCGCGGCGCCUUCGGCGCUGUCCUCUACUAUUACCAAUCCGGUGGGAGACUGCCGCCUCCGGAUGUCCCCUUGGACGUCUUCCUGGAGGAGCUCCGCUUCUAUCAGUUGGGAGAAGAAGCGGAGGAGCGUCUCCGCCAGGCCGAGGGCUUCUCGGUGGAGGUGGCGCAGCCGCUGCCCGGGGGGCGAUGGCGGCGCCGCGCGUGGCUGCUCUGCGAACACCCCGAGAGCUCGGCCGCCGCCCGCGCCGUCGCCUGCCUCUCCGUCCUCGUCAUCCUCAUCUCCAUCGUCGUCUUCUGCUUGGAGACGUUGCCCCAAUUCCGCGCCGCAGGAGGGGAAGCGGCCGCCGCGCACACCUCCUCCGCCUCCGCCAACGCCUCCUCCUCCUCCUCCCCUCCUCCUCCCCGCGGGUCCUCGGCUGCGUGGGAUCCUUUCUUCGUGGUGGAAACCGUCUGCAUCUGUUGGUUCUCCGUGGAGCUCCUGGUGCGCCUCCUCGCCAGCCCCAGCAAAAGCGCCUUCUUCCGCAACGCCAUGAACCUCAUCGACCUGGCGGCCAUCGUCCCUUACUUCGUGGCGCUGGGGACGGAGCUGGCGCGCCAGCGCGGCGUGGCCCAACCGGCCAUGGCCUUGGCCAUCCUCCGCGUCAUCCGCUUGGUCCGCGUCUUCCGGGUCUUUAAGCUGUCGCGGCACUCCACGGGCCUUCAGAUCCUGGGCCAAACGCUGCGCGCCAGCAUGAGGGAGUUGGGCCUCCUCAUCUUCUUCCUCCUCAUCGGCGUCGUCCUCUUCUCCAGCGCCGUUUAUUUCGCCGAAGCCGAAGACGCCGCCACGGCCUUCACCUCCAUCCCGCGCGCCUUCUGGUGGGCGGUGGUGACCAUGACCACGGUGGGCUACGGCGACAUGGCGCCCGUCACCGUGGGCGGUAAGCUGGUGGGCUCGCUCUGCGCCAUCGCCGGCGUCCUCACCAUCUCCCUGCCCGUCCCCGUCAUCGUCUCCAACUUCAGCUUCUUCUACCGGCGAGAACUGCGCGGCGAAGGCGGCGGCGAAGGCCAACCGGGAGCGCCGUGCCCGCGCCAUCCCGGGGCGCCGCCACACGGCGCCAAGCGCCGCCAUGAUGACGAUGAUGAUGGCGGCGAUGAUGAUGGCGUUGAUAUGGCCGACGGCGACGCCGGGUGGGGCAAAAUGGGCACCGGGGGGCGGCUCGUCACCCAGGUGUGAGCGGCGACGCCAGCGGGGGGGCACCAACGGGGC